UAUAUAUUGGACAACCUUAUGCUAAUUGUAGUAAUGUUUUAUCAUGUCGGGUAUCUAUGUUAAUUCUAUUUUUUGUAACGCAAAAUAGCCAGACUUGAAAGAUUAUGAAAUUGUUAAAGCUGGCUGAGAUAUAAGUUGGAUUUACAUGGAUGUUCUAAUGUCGUGAAGCUGACCAGCAUGCCUCAUACAGAGAGUACCGAGGCCAGUGUGGCCAAUAUACUGAAAACAUUAGAAUCAAAGGAGGCCACCUGUAAAGAUAGAUGUAAUGCAUAUAACCAAUUGACAAGUUUAUUCAGGGAAAAUGAAGCAAGUUCGUUCGGAUCGGACAUGUCAAGGAACAUUACCAGGGUGCUAAAAGUGAUUAAAAAUGACGUGAACUCAAAUUCUCAUGAAGUUACCAACAUAGCACUACAGAUUUUGGGAGCUUGCCUCUAUGAUACUCAGAUAGCGUGCCAUAUUAAGAAAACAGAUUGUAUAGGAAUGCUGAAGACACUGUGCCUUACUGUACACAACACGAAGGAGAAGAGUACAUGUUCUUGUGCUCUUUGGUGUCUAAAAUCACAAAAUCUUGAUCCAGCUAUCAUCACUUCAAAGGCUGAUGAUAUAUUAAUGGCUGUGGAAUUUGCUGUUGAGAAAUGGUCAGGUCUUUCAGUGUCUGUCAUACAUGAAUGUAUCAGUACCAUUGAAAGGUUAAACUCUCAAGCACCUAAUGAGAUGAGGAGUAUGGCUUUACGCUGGGGUAAAUUAUUGAUACCCCUCGUAGUACAUGGAGCUAUACAGGUGAGAGAAGGUGCUCUCACUCAGAUAGAACAAAAUCUCGACAAACUCAAGGAAGUGCACAAAGAUCUUAUUGCUGAUUUAAAGCCAGUGAUCAGACAGAAAGUUCUGCCAGCUUUAAAAGGUUAUUUCAAGGAAGGACCUAAAGUAAAUGUGUAUGCUCUAAAAGUUUGGAGUACACUUGUUCAGCUGUAUGGAGAGGAACUGCACCAUGCAAGUUAUAUCAACGAGUUUCUACCAGUUGUAGAACUUGGUUUUAAGAGUACGGAACCUCGUGUUAAAGUGGCAGCCUUCCAGGCGUGGCGCAAUCUUAUAGAUAACUUUGCUAUAAGUCGCACUUUGAUUCAGGAUCCAAAGAGAGUUAAACUUAUAAUGCAGGUGUUUAAACAUAAUAAUGCUAGAACAGAGACUGUUGCCAUGGAGAAGUUGACAUGUUGGUGGCAUUUUCUGUGGUUGCUAGGCAGCAAAGUUUCACCUAACUUUGAUAUGGUGGCAGGUCCAUUGCUUCAUUUUUGUAUUGGUGGACGACAAUUAGAUCAGAAUGGAGCUGCAACACCAAAACAUAUGAAGCCAGGUACCAGUCCUGUAACACCACAUCUUAAGCUGUCAAAUGCCGGGCACCAAGAUUUUCCAGUAUUCCAGUCUUUACACCUCUUAGGUUGUGAAGCACUUGCUCAUUUUCUUGGAAGUACAGAAGCUGGGGAGACUCCUCAUAAAUUCAGACUAGAUCCUUUAACACAUGAAGUUGUGACUGGGCCCUCAUUCUUCAUUAAACAUUCCACACUGCUGAUAACUUCAGCCAUAAAACUGUUCACUGGUCUAGGUCAGAAUGCACCAGAGAGUUUGGUUGUACAUAUCUGGCAAUGGUUGAUAGCACAUCUUAGAAAUGCUGUUGAAAGCCCAGCUAAAUUAGACAUCCGAGAAACACUAAGUAUCUUGUUCCUACAGUUCCAGAAACUUGUACAGAGUAAAACACUACCUAAUGAUGUCAUACUGAAAAUGUUUACAAAUUUGUGUGCCAUACCAAAAAAGAUUCUGUGCUCUAGUGCCUACAGUAUUGGUGGAGAGGAAAUGAUUCAUGGCACCCCAGCACUGUUUAUCACAGGAUUGUUUCUAGACCCAGCGUUGCUGGCUGACUGUUCCCAGCAAGAUGCUUAUCAUGACCUGUUUAGCUCAUUGUUAACCAAUGGUACAGGUAAUUCUACGAGUACUUUAGGGUUCCUACAGUCCAUGAUGGAGAUACUGAAGGAGAACGCCAAGUAUGUGGAGGAGAAGGAAACAUUGUGGAGAUUGUGGAGUGCCCUUGAACAUCUAGUCCUACAACAUAUAUCUAAGACCAAUGAGAUAAAUCAAGGUGACUCACUGGAGCAUGAUUUUGGUUGCUCCGUUCAGACACUAAUCUUUCCAGUAAUACAAGAUUUACACGAACUGCCACAGACAUUAGUGAAAUCAAUGAUCAAAAGUUGGUCAGAACUUUAUAAGACUGUGAAUAGACUAGCAGCUAUGGUGGCGAAUGCCGAGGCAAACAUUGUGUGUGAGGAAGUGUGUUCCCAUGUGCUCGACCAUUACCUCGAGAAAGACAAUGUUGAGUCAACAGAAGUUGAUAUGUUGGUACAGAUGUGUCGUGUUGUAGUUACCUCACUGUAUUUCUCCUCUGUUGGCAGUCAGCCAAUGUUCAAAAUGGCAAUAAGUCCAAAGAAGCUUGCUAAAAACCGACAUAAACCAUUGGAGAACAUUCACUCUGUUGUUGCCUUACUUGGUUUGUUACAGAAGAAAGCUGUCACCCUUGUUAAAGACUCGGAAAAUUUCAAGAAAUCUACUGGUGUAUCAAUACAGACUGUUCUCAACAACUUAGUUGAAACCUUCUCCACAAUCUUUGUCCAUGUCACCUCUUCUAAUGUGAUCUCAAAUCUGAUUGGUAAGCUUGGUCGUCCAAUAGGAGACCUGUUUGCAGAUGCUCAAAGAAAGACUUCAGCAAAAGUAUACAACAAUUCUUUUGAUACUAAGUUGGAGAAGCUAUGGUUAGACAUGUGUACCUGUUUGCAGAGUAGAUAUACAGGCUUAUUUGACAGUGAUUUUCUGGAGAAAUGUUCACCAUUGUUAGAAGCCACAUUCCUACAUCCACGGAGACAGAUUAAAAAUCAAACAAUGUCACUAUGGACGUGUACAUUUGGGAAAGCCGCCUUUCUUAGUUACCCAGAAUCUUUGAAGCCAGUACUGUCAAAGGUGAAAGCCAAAUCCAUGAUACAGUUACCUAACUGGGUGGCGACCAUAUCCCCAGUCAUAGAUGAGACCCCUAUCAGUCAGAUGACCCAAACACAAGCUCCUGAACCAAGGAUCCCUGGCAUGCCAUCACCACACAAGAUCCACGGUAGCUUCCUGAACAAACCAGUCUCACCGAAGCCGAGUAGGUCACCCAUAAGAGCCCCACCAUCUCCUGUAUCAGAGAAAAAGAAAAAACUUAAUCUUGACAGAUUUAGUGAUGGGGACUUCGUAUUGAUUAAACAUACCCCCAAGAAGAAAAUGGUGCUUACUGAACAUCAGAAAGAAGUUAUGAAAGAAAAAAGUACAUUGCCAGCCAUGUAUAAUAGUUUAGAACACUCUGUAGAUGCUUCUUUGAUGGCAGCGCAUUUUACAACUGAUACUCAAAUGGAUGGUACAAUGAGUGAAACUCCUACACCUACAUCUCAACCUUUCUCCCUGUUUGGUUCAGUUGUACCACCAUCUAAUCCAGGAGGAAAGGAGAAGGAAAAGCCAUUGUCAAAUAAAAGACCUGUGACCAACAAACUAGAGACCAUGAAAGCUGCUGAAAAAAUGAGAAAAACAGAAGCAGAGAAUAAUUUUGACACUGAUUCAGAUUCCGGUUUAAGACGUUCUUCAAGAUUCAGAGACCACGAGGAAAAAGAGGAAAGUUCAGAUGACAAAUGGACGAAGUUUCGUACCAAAAAAUCAGAAACUUUUAAAGCGCCAUUGAAGAAGAAUAGCAUGACACGAAAAACUUUGGACAAUAGUUUGAUUAUAAUUGACGAUGAUGAUGAACCAACUGAUGGUGAAUUUGGAACUGAAGAUGAGCCUACAGAUACUGAACACUUUGGAAAUGAUGAGGAUUCGACAGAUAUUGAUUUUGGAACUGACGAAGUUGAAGGAAAAGAACAUGAAGAACCCAGUUUCAAAGGAAAAUUUAAUGCAGAUAAUCAAGUAAAUAAAGAUAAAACCGCAAAAGAUAUAGAAAAAGAACCCGAGAGUGAGGGGAAAAAUUCUGGAACAAGUGAUACUGGAAUGGUAAACUCAGUGCCUCAAAAUGUUUUAGGUGCACUUGACUUCUUUCAAUCAUUAUCAAGUAGAUCAGGUUUAUCUAAAGGUAUUUUAAGCAGGGAGACAUCAAAAACAUCCAAAGAAAGUUCUGGACAGGAAGAGAAAGCAGGUGCUGAUUUUGAACCUGAUCCAAGUGAAAGUAAAGCAAAUGUCUCAAAAGAUACAGAGAAAGCUUCUUCAGAACCUCUCCAAAGCUGGACUAAGAAAUUAAAUGAACUGAAUUCAUCACCAAGACCAGCAAGCCCAGCAAGAAAAUGGUCCUCACAAAGCUCAGCAUUAUCUCCAGAAAAGAAGUUUAGAAGUUCUAAAUCUCCAAAAAGAAUUAAAAAGAAGCCUGGUGACGAAAAUGAGGAAAAAGGUGCAUUGGACAAGUGGAUUGUUCGAUCUCCAGCAAAAAAUUUUGUAGGGGAUUUGAAUACUGAUAUUGUUGUUGCAAAUGUGUCUCAGACUUUGGUUGAGGAGACACAGUCUCCCACUAAAUUUGCUGAUAAAGGAAUGAAGGGAAACGGGUUAUCAUCGUCUGUCAUGGAAACGCCACCAAAAAAUGUCCUUGAAAACAUUACUGUAAGCCACUCAAAUAGUAAUCGGAAACUGUUUAGUUCUCAAUCUAGUAAUCCUGAAUAUAAGUUUUGUGAAGAUUCAAACAUAGUACCGGGUUCUCCAAACUCCAAGUCGUACAGAUGUGGUACUCCAGUGCUUAAGCUGAAAAAACUUACAGAUGAGGAGAUCAUGAGAUACAGUCCAUCCAGAAAGAACAAAGAUGACGAUGACAUGCAAUUUAUAUCUGGAAUUAAUGUGUCUGAAUAUUCUGAUAAAAGUAAGAGAAUGAUUGAUGUUGGUGAUGAAGCAUCAGGUGAUCAAAAACAGAAUCAUGAUGAUUUCUCUGCAUUCACACCUUUAGAAAAAGGAUUAAAGGAGAUCAAAAAUGAUAGUUUUUUCUGUAGUGAGCCCUCUAGUGCUGAGCAAGCAAUGCUGAAAUUGGACAAUAAUGUUAAUACUGAUAAAGUUUCUGAAUUCUCUGGUUCAGAGAAUUUAUUCAGUCAAAGUGAGAAAGUUGAUGAUGAAAGUGAAAAAGAUCAUAUUGCACUAAACAUUGGUGAUGAACUUAAUAGUCAGCAGUCUCCUCCCCUCCUUUCUUGUGAUGCUGAAGCAAUGGAUGUAAGUGAAAGUUUAAAUGUGAUGGAAACUAAGGAAGUAAGAAAAGGGGAGGUCACUGGUGUUGAUAAUACUAGUAGUGUUGUAUCUCCAAAUAAUACACAAGCUGAAGUACCUGUUACAAGUCGUAGAGGCAGGAAAAGAAAGCAAAUUACUCCAAAAAAGCUUACACCGGAAGAUAUUAGAAAUAAACGUAAGAAAGAAGAGGUUGAGAACCAAAUUGUGGUACAGAAACUUAGCAAAAGACUGAAAAAUAAGAGAGAUAGUGACAACGAAACCAAGAAUGGUGAUAAAUCAAAACUGAAUAAAAAGGGUAGUAGAUCUCCAAAAACUGAAGUGAACACUGAAGGAAAAGAUACAAAAAAGAAAAGGGGACCAAAGGGUCGUAAGAAAAAUAAUUCUGGUUCUCCCAACAGUGUAAGUUCAGCUGAGUCUAGUCAUGAGGAGCUGGAAGUUAGUGUUCUUGAAGAUAUAUUAGAUUUGGAGGAAGACCAAAAUUGUGUUAAAACAUUGACUGAAAUAAAGAAAGACUUGAAAAAGAAUAAGAAGAAAGUUGAAAAAGUGAUUAAAGGGAAAAGGGAUACAUUGCAAAAAUCUGAAACAGUGAAGUCUGUCAGUCUUAUAAGUGAAGAGACUAAUGAGAAAGAAAACGUUAAGGAAAAUGUUGGAGAAGGUCCUAAAGUUUCUUCUCCUGGUAAUGAAAACAAUGUGCAUGAAGAAGAUAAAAAUGUAGAAAAAGAUAUGAACUGUAAUGAUAAUGGGACUGUCAUUGAAAACAAUCCAUACCAGUAUGAAGACAUAAGUGAAUGUGAGGGUGAUACACCUCAGUAUGAUAGUAAUAAAAACUUCCCUGAAAAGAACAUUUCUGUGCCCUCAAUAGAUAAUCAAAUAAUGGUUAAUGGAUCUGAAACAGGUCUUGUUGAAACAAAUGUUGAAAAUCUGGAUCCACCAGUUCUAGAAAUGGAAGGUGCUACAUUUACGGCUGUUAAACUUGGUGAUGAUGUAAUCCCUCCAAGCAUGGAUUGUAAAACUGAUGGAACCCAGAGUUCACCAACAGAUGAUCGUGCUAAAGAUUAUGUUACCACAAUUAUAGAAAGUAGUGAUGAAGAAAAGGACCUUCCGGACAUAGAAAAGAGGUAUUAUGAUGAGUCUGAAAAUCCAUUUGAUAAUGUAGAUUUGGUCAAUGUAGCCAAAAGUACUGAUGAAAAAAACAUAUCUUUCUCAGAUGAUGACGUUCCUUUAGCUGAAAUGACUGUUAAAGGUAAUGAGAAAUGUGAUGAAAAACUAAACAAGAAAAAACCGGCUGCCACAGCUUCUAAGCAAAAAACUCAGUCAAGUAAAACCAGGCUAAGAUUGAAUGAAAGUAAGUCGGAGACUACAGGAGGAAAACAAACUCGUAGAGUAAAUUUUGGUAAGAAAAUAGGAAUUGAUGACAAAACAGUAAAUGGAAAGAAGGUGACAGAGGCAGAAAUGGAUGAGGAAGAAGUUCUACAGGAAGAACAAGUGUUACAGGAACAAGGAGAGAAGCCUGAAAAGCAAGCUGAAGAAUUAGAACAAAAUGAUGAUAAAUUAUCAAAACUUGAACAAAAUGAAGAUACAAAUGAUGAAAAUUAUAUAGAUGAAACACCAAAGAAAGGAGCUGAUGUUUUGAAGUCGAAUGUGGCUGCUAUGAUGAUGAUGAGGAACUCUGACAGCAAAUUAGUGAUUGGAUCUAGAAAGCUUGAAAGGAAAAGUGGUGUGGUCAGACGAAGUAUUUUGAAGCAGGCAUCAGAAGAAAGGUUGACGGAUGAGACCCAGUCUCCAAAGAGGACUCCGUUUCAUCCAAUAUCAGUGAGCAGGAUCUAUUCACCUACUGCCUCGCCUAGUGCUAGCAUUUUGAAGAAGAGGAGACUAGAUGCUGAAUCCUUGUCGGAUACAAAUUCACCGCCCAUGAAGCAAAGAAGAGUAUCAUUUGCAACCCCCCUGGCUGAUGUGACCCGAGUAGAUACAGACAGACCCCCAUCUCCCCUAGUUAAAAUGGCUGAAACUAGUGCAACUCAGGAAUCAGUUACUUUGACACAGUCUGGCAAAUUUAUAGGGUCACAGUCUACCCAAGGUAGUCCUAGUCAGAAAAAUUAUGUAAGCAGUCAAGAUACACAGAUCAAUAAUACUGACCCAGUCUGUCCAGCAUUGAUGGACUGUGACCAGUCUGUUGAGAAAAUAUUACCUCAGCUAACAUCAUCCAUAUGGUCAAGAGGUCUGGGACAGCUUGUGAGAGCUCGUAAUAUUCGUACAAUAGGUGACCUGUCUUCCCUUACUGAAGGAGACAUUCACGGUUUACCAAUACGCUCACCGAAGGUCGACACCGUGAAGAAAGUGUUGACCAAGUUUGGUAAGAACAUUGGCUGUAAGAAUAUCGGAAGUACAAGACCUAAGAGGUCUUCAAAAACAAACCUAGAUUCCCAGCUUAAAUCAGCAGAAAGCAAGCCUGAGAUGAAACAAGUCGCAGAAGUUCCACCCACUACCUCUGUUGAGACAAAUGAUAUAGGGUUACCAGAAGAUGUGGAUGAGAUUUUAGCCAACAGUGAAAGUCUACUUGAAGCUGUAAACAGCUUGACAAGUGAUCUUGACACAUCUGAGGUCCUUCAAGAUUCUGAAAACACGUCAGGCGCCAAACCAGAUAUAAACCUUAGAGACGCACUGUUAAACUACUGUGAAAAGGACAAGAUAAAUGUUCAAGGAUUAAGUGCCAAUGACCUUGUGAAAAUGUCACAAAAUUUAACCGCUAUGCUCUCUGAGGUUAGCAAGGCAAUAGAAGCUGUUGUCAACACAAGAUGCAGAUCUCCAUGGAGAUGAGAUUUAUUGUUAAUUUUAAGGGCAUGUGUACAU